UUGACUACUGUCUAAGACUACUAUUUAUCUCUCGCUCACCCGAUCACCCGAUCACCACGGUCUCUACUAAUUCAGCAGCCAGCAUGGCAAUCCACCCGAGCCUACGCACUGGGCGCGCAUCCACCAGCAAUCUGACCCAGCAGGAUAUCUCUGCAUGGACAGAACAAGCGGCCGCUUCGCUUCAAAUACUUGACAUUUCUGAUUCCGUCGCCCAGAUUGAAGUAAUAAACGCUUCCACCCCAAUCCGAGGUACUGCGAAUGCGCUAUCGAUCCCACUUGACGGACCCAUUACCGCGACCAAUAAGCCUUCGACUCCUCGCGUAAAGAUCAUUUCCAAAGCGGCCGAUGAUACUAUUGGGACAUCUGCAUACCGACGUCGCGAGCCAAUCCGCCGGGACAGUUUGAGAAGACGCGAAGCCUUGUUGAAGGGCAAAGAGGGUAGUCGGCGCAGACAACGAUGGGAAAAUGAUCGUCUUUUGAGUAACCCCUGGGUCCAACCUCCUGCUCCUGGUGAUUGGUCAGUCCAACCAACCCAUCCCCGACACGAUCCUGUCCCGUACUAUUUGGCUCCGUUGUGGGAUAGUCAUUUUGCACACAAGGAGCAGAGCAAGUCAUUGAAGCAAGCAAAGAGCAAAAACAGAGAGCAUGAAGAUGAGAAGACUCGAGUUUCGAAGGAAAUCCGCAAGUCUCUGAAACACGCUCGUGCUGCUCGCGGGAUGCUGCAAGAUUUGGAAGAAGAUAUUCGACGUUUUCUUGAAAAGUGGAAUGAUAAACAACUGGAGCGCGAACUCGACAGCGUGAAGGACUCCGAGUAUGAGGAUUCGGAUGACGAGAUUGUAUUCGUCGGUCGAAAUGGUCAGAUGCAUGACGCUCACAGUCGUCAAGAGAAAGCCAAGAGGAUCAAUGAAGGGCUUCAGGAAGGACAGAAGAUGGUCUUUGAAAGUCUAGCUCAUGAUCCUGGUGCUGUUUUCGGGCGAUGGCUUGUACAUUCGAUCGCUACCUAUUACGGCUUGUAUACAUGGUCAGUCACGUCCGGCAGUCCUGAGCGUCGCCAGGCCUAUGUUGGACUCAAUCCUCCGGUUUCUAGCACGCAUCUUGCGGAUCUUACGCACGGAUCGUCAUUGAGGAUCAAGCCCGGGGAGCCGUUGCCCAAGCCCCUUUGGGUACAGGUUUGAUUGUAGCUACAUGUUUGCAUCGAAUUUUGGGGAUCACAAAUAUACUUCAGUCCUUAGCUACAUGGACUAAAUCUUGAUCGUUUGUGUUUCUUUUUUUCUGGCUUGGCCUUCAGGUAUAGACUGGAUAAUACAAGAAUCAAUCUGCUCGGUAUCUCCACGUCUAGGCCAUGAUGCUAGUUGUAACUCAACUGAGAACAUCACACAAGGCAAUUAACUUGAAUUCAGUGGCAGUAGAUUGAAGUAUAACCUAUGCCAAUUCCCUCCAGCUAAGCUAGCAUCGCUCGUGCUCAGAUCAAGUCCCACGAUUCUCAGUGCUAAACAGCGCUGACAUGGUCUUAGAGCAUUUUUGUAUCUAACAGCGCUUCUUUUGAGUUACAGAGUCCAAAAUCCGAGUCUGAUGCAUGA